AGUAGUGAAAGAGAAAUCUUAGAGCGAGGUGGUAGUGUGCUCAUGUUCUGAUUAGUGCCUGUCUGUGGCAAGUGAAUCAGUGUCAUUAGCAUUGUAUCUUUUGUGAGUUGAUAUCAAGGCACUUGCGAGUGAUUAUUUACAAUAAAGUGCUCGGAAUUAAACGAUAAAUCUUCAAACUAUUAAAAGGAAUUUGGUGGAGUGCUAAUUCUUGGGUAUGAAUCCAAAUCCCCCACUACAAUGGUGUGCUGUCCUAGGAGAGCCUGUCCGACAGAGUGACUAUCUGUUUGAUUGGUGUGAUAACGGAAUGGGAGUUGACACACCCAUGACUGGGGGUGUCCCCAUCCCUCGAGGUCCUGGAAACAGAGCUCCUCAACACACAAAUCCUUUUUCAGGCCUCUCUUCAAUGGCUCUUCAUAUGGAGGAGCACAGCUCACUCCCCAACCAACUUUCAAGUAACAGUUUAGGCCCUUAUUGGGAGAAUAACACAGGUAUGACUGUCCCCACAAAUAAUGACAACAGCAGUCUCUCUCCAGCUGGGCCAAACUCUCCUUCCCUUUGGACACAGUCAAUGGAUUUGGACUUGGAUAUCAAGUUAGAACCACUUGAUGAUCUUCUUGGAGUUGAUGACCUUCUUCCAAAUCAUUCUAUUGGUUUGAAUUCAACUGAUGAGAACAACAUUCUUGAUGAUGUUAACUUAGAUGACCUUCUAAUUCCAGAAAAGUUUUCUAGUACUGGAAUGGAACAACCCAAUUCCCCAAUGACGAUGAUGACUGUUCACCCAGAUGAAGUUAUGUGCAACAGAGGGUAUUCAACACCCACUGGUUCUGGAUAUAUCUGCCCAACAACUAUGACACAACCAGUAAAGCCAGAAAGCUCCUCUUUGUAUUCUCUCUUAGCUUCAUCAUUCCCUCCCCAGGGAGGAGGGUGGAGGGAUCCACUCCUAACAUCGUCAUCUCUGCCUGGACAACAAGCCAACAACCAGUUAGGCAGUAUUGAGGAAUGCCCAGGCUCAAACCAACAUCAAAAUAUUUCUCAGCCACAACAUUCUCAGGCAUCUGGUUCUACAUCAGCAUUGCAAGAGCUAUUGCUGCGUUCUCCCACCCCGUUGUCUCCCCACAGUGUAGCAUCACCACAAGGAGUACCAUCUCCCCAAGAACCACCAAUGGGACAGUCAGUACCAAGACCAACUUCUCUUACUGCUGCUAAUCCCUUACUCUCUGCCAGGCUUUCAUCUUCAGCACCAACUCGCAAUUUUUCCUUUGAGCAAGCAUGGCAGCGUAGAGAACCACGACAGCACUUGCUGUCAACUGGAUCUCUGGCAGAGGAGUAUGGUGGAUCAGCAUCAUCACUAAGUACAGUUGGUGGUAUCCUUUCCCCUGCUGCCCAUGACUUAUCCAUUGAUGAAGGCAUUGAUUCAGAGGAUGAAUCUGAUAACGAACAUUAUGACUCUGAGUCUGAUAAUGAUUCUGUUGUUAGUGAAGACACUGGGAGUGUAUCUGGUUCCCUUGGGAAGAAGGAAAGGUAUUUUUGGCAGUAUAAUGUACAAGCAAAGGGACCAAAAGGCCAUCGUGUCAGCAUUAACCAGCAGGAGAAAGACCCUCACAAUCUCCCAUCGGUUAUGGACCCAGUGUUUUCGCCUUUGUGUUCUAUACAGGGCAUUAAACACAGCGGGAAGGCCAGGAGAGGAGACGGUAAUGAUCUUACACCAAACCCUCGCAAGCUGGUGAGCAUUGGUAGAGAAUUGGAGAAACUUAAUAAGACUAUUAAUGACAUGACACCUGUAUCGGAGCUGCCUUUCAAUGUGAGACCAAAGUCUCGCAAGGAGAAAAAUAAAUUGGCUUCCAGAGCCUGUCGUUUAAAGAAAAAAGCUCAGCAUGAAGCCAACAAGAUUAAAUUGUAUGGUUUAGAGCAAGAGCAUAAAGGUUUACUGACGUUGAUUGAAGAGGCACGUUCAUUCCUUCUGAAGAAAGUUGAAGGUGGAGCAGCUGGUACACAAGUCAGUUCCUUGCAUCUCCAAGUUGCGCACGAUUCUUCUUCUCCGGGUCAGCAGGCACAAAUGACGCAGACUUUGGAGAAACUUGUGAGAAUGAAGAAUAGACAAAGAAUUGCUGGCCAUACUACAGAGUUUGUCAACAAAGUGAUAGAAAAUUGUCAAAAUGGUAACUUCACUGGAGGGUUGGAAGAAGUAACUAGGACAUUUAACAAUACUAACCUCAUUACCAGUCCAACAUCAAGUCUUAGUGGGGGUUUCUCUCCACAUUGAAGGCAUUCACCUGCGGAGAAACACGUCUGUUGAGUUACAGAUCAAGGUGCUGUUUGAAAUGACAUCUCUUUGCAUCUGCAUUCAACAAGUAGCAGAAGAAAAGAUGUGAUCAUUUUCCUAUAAACUUGAAAGUUUAUAUUUUAUCAUAUUUAUCCAUGACCCUUCUUAGUUCAGGUGAAUCUAUCAUAAGCUACCAUUUGUAUGGUCUUCAAUGCAAUUCAUAAACAUAGUUUUAUUUAGUUGUAGGACAUGAAGUAAAUAAUACUUUAUUCAUUUAAGAUAAUGCAUGAAGAAUCGGCACCAAGUUAAAGUUUCUAAAAUUUGGUUUGAAAUUCUCUUUGGUAGAAAUGGUGGAUCAGGCUCAAGGGGGGUUGGUAUAACUGUACCUCUUACAGAGAUUGUUAAGUUAGGAUUAGUAUGAUUCAUGAGAGAAGGUAGGGUUAGCUAAAUUCUGUUUAUGCUUUCCCAUUAAAGAUGUAGGCUGUGACUGUCAGAGAUGUGUUUGAAUAGCCACAAAAUGUGGAUGUUGUUAUAUUUUUAGAAUGAAUCUUGGAAUGUGGAGGUCAGUACAGUUAAUAAUCAUUAUCUAGCAUGUAGUUUUCAUAGCUGUGUGUGCAUGCCUUCUCAUGCACUGAGUGUUUGCAUAUAUAAUGUACGUAUACUUGUGUGUCACAUUUUUAUGUUGAGAUAUAUAUAGCACUUGAAUCUCAGUAUAUGCCCACCAUUUUAUAUUACGUUUUGUGUCAAGUAUAUACUUCUUGGAAACGUUAAACUUUCGAUGACUUAAAGAUUGUGUAUGUGACAUUUUAUUUUAGGUUACUUAAUUGGUAUGAGGACAGAAUUGACUGUGCCACAUGAACCAAAAAGUUAAUUGUAAAGUCAACCUCAAGUUUUUCUUACGCCUUGAAGAAAACUAUGUUUAAUGAAAAUACAAACUCCCAUCUACUAGAGUUGCCUAUAUAUUUAUAAACUUGCUUUGAGGUUUAUAAAGAACCUUUUAAAGUAAAGUUGAAGCAAGAGUUUUGAAUAUAUGUUUUUGAUUACACAUUUAUGCUUUUCCAUAUUUUGCAAGCGAACAUGUUUUGUUGGUAGAAUAAUUUAUUGCAAUUACAUUUGGUAAGGCCUGGCAAGUGUGUUAGGUUUAGAAUCUGUUCUUUUGCUGUUUAUCACAAAGUAUAACUUUUUGAGUGACCAUGUUUAUGUUACUGGUUCGAGAUACAGCGUUAGGAUAGGAAAUUGGUGUCAGUAUAUUUUCCAUAUACUACAUCAGUUGCAUUUUAGUAUGAAAUCAUUAGUUUUGAAUAUGUAAAUAUAUUGAACAGAGAUGAAAUGCAAUUUUCAUGGUGUAGAUGGUUUGACAACGGGAUUAUUUCUAAUUUCCCUAAUUUGUGGGAUUUCUAACUCUUGAAGGAGGUCUAUGUAAGUUGCAUGGAUAGUUGAAGUUUAGUAAUUUGCAGAAUUUGGAGGUUCAAUAGCUGACAUGCUCUCGUAAAUACAACAAAAUAAAACUUGGAAAAGAGCUUUACUUGUGGAACAAAAUUUUUAUUUUUAUGUACUAUUAGUAAUUACAGUUGCCAAAUUUUAUCUUUGUACCCAAAGUAUAUUGAAAAGAAAGAAGUAAUUUCAGCAUAACAAAAGAGUAUAUUGAAUGAAUUUGGUGUUGUAGCCAAUGAGCUUAAAGUUUAGUCAGUAUAGGAGAAAUAAAAAUGUUGUUACUUCUCAUUAUUUAAGUUAUUUAUGCUUAUUUUUUCACAUCUUUUAUGAAUUAGUUAAUAAAGGCAUAACUGUGAUUCAAGUGUUAAUACAUACAGUAUUAGUACAGAUAUAUAUAUAUAUAUAAAUUUUGUAUGUGUACAUCCAACAUAUAUGUUCCAGAUUUUUACAUUCUCUUCAUCAGACCAGUUGCAAAUUCAUGUUAAUUUAAUCAUAAUUUGGAAAAUAGCUGAUAUGCAAUAAAAGUGUUAAAGUGGAAUAAAUUCAUCCAUUCGUAUGUGAAGAUAUUUUAUAAUAUUAUGCACUGUAUGCACAUUUCAUGUACGUACUAAUAUGAGAAAAAAAAAUUAUGAUGUUCUAGUCAGUUAUCUGUAUCACAAUACUACGUCUAAUAUGCAAAAAUAUUUUGAGGAUACAAACUUCAAUGAUAGGUGGUAGUAUCUUGAAAAAUUAAUAAUUGGUUGCCUUAUUUAAUUUGAUUUUAAUGGUUUGCCAAGUUGGUUAUGGUGAAGGGUCAAAGUCUUAUAGUACACCACAGCUUAACAUCUGAAAUUGUGUAUGUUAAUACCUUGUGUUAGGAUGGCUUAAUUUACUUUUAGGGUCAUAGGCUUGAGGUCACAUUACUCUUGACUUAUUCAUAGGCAAUACAAAAUUAAAUAAUAACAAAAUUUAGGAAUCAUAAUUAGCUGACUUUUGUAGAAACUAAGUUACAUGCCAAUAUUUGUACAGUACAGUAGUUUUUGUGCUUUUUUUAUGAAUGCAGUACGAUUUUGUGAUUUUGUUAUAUUUUAUCAUUAUUUUACUGUAAUUGAAUAUAUCAAUAUGAGAUAAUUUCUGGUUUAACCACUAAAAGGAAAGCUAUUUGUCUUUUUUUACAGUUUUUUUUCUAUAUAUGAUAACUUACAAAUGGCUUGUUGUUGCAGCUUUGUUAUACUGUUAUCAUUAAAAGCUACAUUUAUUAUUUCUAUUUUCCUUCUUUUUCAUAACUGUUUGGAAGGUGAUCUGUAGCAUUCCUUUUGGUUGAUAAUUAUAUUGUAAGUAAUCCUAAGGAUAAAAAGUAGGCUUAAUUCCUGUUGAACUGAAAAAAAGUUCUGUACAUGUAUGUGUGUGUUAGUUCUGGCAUUGCCAUUUUUCCCCAAAUAUACGAUUUGUUUUAUAUUUUUGUAUACUGAUUUAUAGGAAUACAUAUUUUAAAAAACAAACUCUGUUCUACUUUGAAAAACAUCUGGAAGAAACUGUUCACAGCAUGCGUUACUGAAGUUGUAAAUAAAUAACUAUAUGGCAAAAACUCAUUAUUAGUAACAGUAACAUAGCUUCCAUUUGCAAUAUUAGAGUCUUCUGUGUUGUGAUAAUAAUGUUGCUGAUAUCUUUUGAUAGAAUAUAUAAAUGUAGACUUUCAAAAAUAUAGCGUGAACAUUCAACUGGAAAA